AAAUUGUAUAACUACAACAGUACAAGUAAUGGUAGUCUAUUAUCUCUCUAAUAAUAUACCCUAACCCUCCAACCCCUGAAUUCUUGAAAUUCGAAAUUCAUCAAUCAGAUAAUUCGUUUUGGAUUGCAAUGGAUUCCAAGGACAAGAAAUCGGCAUCUGUAUCUUCUCUGGGUCCGGGUUUCAGGUUCCAUCCGACUGACGAGGAAUUGGUUCGAUACUAUUUGAGGCGAAAAGCCUGUGGAAAAUCUUUCCGAUUCGAUGCUAUUUCUGAGAUCGAUAUUUACAAGGUCGAGCCUUGGGAUCUCCCAAGUAUGUCGAAUCUGAAGACUAGAGAUUUGGAAUGGUAUUUCUUCAGCAUGCUGGACAAAAAAUAUGGUAAUGGAGCAAGGACCAACAGGGCAACUGAAAAAGGGUACUGGAAGACUACUGGAAAGGACAGGACUGUCUACCAUAAGUCACAGAUUGUGGGAAUGAAGAAAACCCUUGUUUAUCACAUUGGCCGAGCUCCAAAAGGCGAGAGGAGUAACUGGGUUAUGCAUGAGUACCGGCUGGCUGAUUUGGAGUUGCAGAAAGCUGGAAUUAAUCAGGAUGCUAUUGUGCUUUGCCGAGUUUUUCAGAAGAGUGGUUCGGGACCGAAGAAUGGCGAACAGUAUGGGGCUCCUUUUGUUGAGGAGGAGUGGGAGGAUGAUGAGCUGGAAUUGGUUCCCAAGCAGGAGGCUGCAGAGGAAGUAGAUUUUGGUGAUGAUUUCUAUUUGGAUGGCCAUGACCUUGAGCAGAUUCUUGGAACCGACAUUCCGUCAGACAUUGCUCCCCUUCCAUUGAACACCAACUCUAUAGACAAUACCAGCUAUGAAGAAGAAACUUCCAAGUCCAGUAGUGGAGCCCAACAGCGCAUGGUUGAUAUGGUUGAACAUAAAAAUGAGCCUGAAAAGCAUGACGAUCAAAAUCUUUAUGAUUUGCCAGCUUCAUAUGAUACAGUUGUAAAACCAGUCAGGCAUGAAUACAUGGUUGAAUCGAGUGAGCCCGGGAAUUUUGAGGACGUGGAUUACUUGCUUGAUGAACCGUUCUUGGAUGCUUCUGAUAAUGUUCAAUAUAGUGAUGGAGGAUUUGUUGAAACUAACGAUCUCUCAAAUCCUGGUGCAGCUGAUACAUCUACUUUUGAUGCGCUUGAGGAGUACCUUGCAUUCUUUGAUGCCAAUGAUGACAACUCACAAUAUUCUUCUUGUGAUCUUUCAAAGAUGAUGGGAAGUGAGGAUCUUAUUUCUGAUCAUGCAUUCCUCACUGAAACGAAGGUUGAUGAAGGAACUCAGCAAGCUACCGUGUCAAGUGAACAACUAAUUGAUAAUACAAAUAAUGAUGCGCCAUCAUCGUCUAAUAAGCAAGAGCUGGCAAAAUGUCAGUCAGAUUUUCAGUAUCCUUUCAUCGAGCAGGCAAGUCGCAUGUUAGGCAACUUCCCGGCUCCCAUGGCAUUUGCAUCAGAGUUUCCUUCAAAAAAUGCAACUCUUCUAAAUUCUGCUUCCAGUUCGGCACAUAUUACGGCUGGCAUGAUUCAAAUAAGAAAUUUGACCGUCAAUGGCAAUGGAACAGACCAAUCUUUUAUGAAGAACCAGAACUUCAAUAUUGUUCUUUCAUUUGGCUUGUCACGAGGCGUCAAUGGUUCUAUUAACUUGGAAUCACGGGUUAACCUACUUCCAGGGAAGGCUGUUUCUGCGACUUCUUGGGGUUGGUUCGAUUUCAUAUUCUUCUGGGUCCUUAUACUCUCCAUGAGCUUCAAAAUUGGGACCUUUCUGUGCCAGGUGAAGUGAAUCUCGAGCAGUCCAAAGAGAGCGAACCUGGUGAAAAGUUUCUUACUGGACUCGCUGGAUAAUGUCUCCUUGAAUUACAAAUUGACAUGUUGCAGGAUUGUUUGUUAUGAAUUAUGUUGAAAUAGUGGCUAGAUUAAUUAGUUUUUCAGUCUUGGAUAAGGCCAUCGACUACGUUUAAUCUAUAUGAGCCAGAUAGUGUUGUAGAUGAUUUAUACUGGGAAGUGAGACAUGGCUUCUGACUUGGAAGCAUUAAAACAUAUGGUUUGUGAUUUCAAUUUAUAUUCGUCCGUGAUUGAA